UGGGGGGGACUGCCAGAUUUUUAGUAGGACUGUCUUGACUCAUGAAUGCUUCGUGGCAGCCUAUUUUGGGAGCAUUUCUGCGUUGCUUUCGUGAGCUUCGGCUACUAUUGUUGAAAAAAAAAAAAGUGAGCGCGCUCCUCAACAAGUAGGCGCAUGGCCCCCGCGCAUUGACGCGUUCAGUGCGCGCGCGCGCGCCCCGGUGUCGGCGUCCGGACUGUGUCGUCUACCGAACAUACCGUCGGGUGUUUUUCGCGUGUAGCAUGCGGAAGCAUGGCUUGGUGUGAGCGCGGGGUUCAGACGCUGCUGGCCACCGUGGGGGCUUUCGCCGCCUUCAGCCUCAUGAGCAUCGCCAUCGGCACGGACUACUGGCUCUACUCGCGGGCGUACAUCUGCAACGCAACCAACGCCACCGCCGACGAGUCCCAGCCGCCGCCCAGGAGCAGGAAGGGGGACCUCACGCACUCGGGACUCUGGAGGAUCUGCUGCAUUGAGGGCAUCAAUCAAGGCAGCUGUUUCAGAAUCAACCAUUUCCCCGACGACAACGACUACGACACGGACAGCUCGGAAUACCUGUUGCGUAUCGUACGAGCCUCCAGUGUGUUCCCCAUCCUCAGCACGGUGUUGCUCAUGCUGGGCGGCUUGUGUGUCGGAGCGGGCCGAGUCUACAGCAAAACGAACAACAUCCUCCUCAGUGCCGGGAUUCUUUUUGUUGCCGCAGGUCUGAGCAACAUCAUCGGCAUCAUCGUUUACAUCUCAAGCAACGCGGGAGACCCCAACGACAAACGGGACGACGACAAAAAGUACACGUACUCCUAUGGCUGGUCCUUUUACUUCGGCGCCCUGUCCUUCAUCGUAGCCGAAACGGUGGCCGUCCUGGCCAUCAACAUCUACAUCGAGAAGAACAAGGAAGUGCGCUGGAAGGCGCGACGCGAAUUCAUCCGCUCCCUCUCGUCCUCGUCCCCAUACUCCCGCAUCCCCAGUUUCCGCUACCGCCGGCGGACGUCUCGGGCCAGCUCCCACUCCACUGAGGCGUCGCGGGAGAACUCGCCCGUAGGGGGCCUGAAGGGAGUCGGGGGGACGUCUCCCGGCGGGCCCUUGGACGAGCUGUCGAUGUACGCCCUGGCGCGCGACAGCGUGACGGACAACGCGUACAGCCCCGAACACGAGGCGGCCGCCGAGUUCCUGCAGGUGCAUAACUGUUUCCCCAAUGAUUUAAAGGACGGCGUGAAUCGCAGGACCACACCCGUGUGAGGCACACGUCGAGGGGACGACAGCCAAAUGAGGACAAGCCGACCUUGCAGUUGCCCAACGACAUUCCGCUCUCUAUACUUAAACAUAGAAGUCAAGAUACUUGUGUCAAAGAGAAAAAAAAGGAGUGCUGAUUGAACUCCUGUACUUAAGAAAAAGUAAAAAAGUACAGACUGAAGCGCUAAAAAAAAAUCAUGUCCAUCCAUGUACGUAGUAGUGUGAUUUUAGCGAAACAAAUUUGUGUACUCGUAGAACUGUGUGCCCAAAAGUAAACUACUGUGGGGUACAAGUAAUUCUACUAGGCUCAACUGGGCAUGUGUCGCACACUAGUAGCCUCCUGGACCCUUCUAGUUGCACCAAAAUGCCUAUUAGUAGUUUUUUCUUCAUUAAUAAAAUGUAGUUACUUGUACUAGUGUGCAGGAAUGUGAUACAGUCGUGGAAGAAACUUUACUAGCAAGAAAAGAAAAAAAAAUUCUACGAGUGCGCUAAAUUGUUUUACCGUAUUGGCCCGAAUAUAAGACGGC